AUGGCCGGUUGUAAAAACGACAGUUCCCAAGUGAAAGCUGCCCUGCAGCCAGACUUCCCCAUGCAGGACAAGAACAGUGUUCAGGGGGUUAAACGCCACCCAAACAGCGAUGUCCCUGUUGGAAUCCUGGUCGACGUUAACCAAACUCUGGUCACCAAAUCACUGCAUGGAGACAGUGAAAGAGAAAGGAAGAAAGAGGCAGAUGGAGGGAAGGAUGGAGGAAGGAAAAGAGACAUGGAGGGGGUGAGGGAUGAAGUGAGGGGUGAGGAGAAGAGGUCGUGCUGCUCUCUCUCUGAGCUGAAGAAAGUCCCUAAGUGUCACGUGGAGCUGGAGCCACUGUCCUUCAGCAGAACUCACCACGUCCUCAUAGAUGUAAGAGAGAUAAUUAAACCAGUGCAGAUCAAUAAAAAAGCUUGCAUCUAAAGCGACUGAGAGUGAACUGGAACGUUUACACAAAAUAAAUGGUGUCUCUCACAGAUCAUUCAUGUCUCUCUUCCUCCCUAUUCAGGUGAAUGAGUUCCGCCAUAAAAUUAAGUUGAAAGCUCAGCCUGGACAGCAUGUGUGGAACAGGGACUUUGUUAAGAUGCCCUGCUCACCAGAAAGCCUCAUCAAGACUGGAUGGGUGGGUUCAUUGAUUGAUUGAUUUACUGAUUGAUUGAUUUGUCGAUUGAUUGGUUCCUUGAACGGUUGGUUGAUUGGUUAAUUUAUUGAUUUGUUUGUUGGCUAAUUGAUUGAUUUGUUAGUUGGUUGGUAAGUUGAUUGAGUGAUUGGUAAGUUGAUUGAUUGAUUGGUUGGUUGGUUCAUUGGUUGAUUUGUCAGUUGGUUGAUUGAUUGAUUGAUUGGUUGUUCCUAGUUAACCACCUCUGAGGGAAGUCGUUGGGAGGUGGUCUCGAAACAGCUGGAUAGUCUGGCCAAGAAGACCACUGCAUCAGUGGGUGACGUAGAGGUACGACACAAACACACACACACAAACACACACACACACACACACACACACACACACACACACACACACACACACACACACACACACACACACACACUCAUGCCCCUAUUAUCCUAACAUUUCCUAACAUGCCUCCUCAUGUUAACUUGGGUUUGGGAUAACAGUUAAGGUAGGGGUUAGCAUGUUUGACCAGUACUGUGUAACUAUGAUCUUCAUGUUUCUCUCCACUUAGAAAGCCAUAAAGAAAUAUAACCCAAAGUAUGAAGAUCAAUGGUCCUUUGAUGCCCUGCACACCUUUGUUCAGGUCAGUUAUCAGUUCAAUGUGAAUGGUCAACUCUCUCUAAUGGUGGUGUUAUAUAGACUGAACUAAAAUAUAAAAGCAACAUGUAAAGUGUUGGUCCCAUGUUUCAUGAGCUGAAAUAAAAGAUCCCAUACAUUUUCUAUACGCACAAAAAGCUUAUUUCCCUCAAACUUUGUGCACAAAUUUGUUUAUAUCCCUGUUAGUGAGCAUUUCUCAUUUGCCAAGAUAGUCCAUCUACCUGACAGUUGUGACAUAUCAAGAAGCUGAUUAAACAGCAUGAUCAUUACACAGGUGCACCUUGUGCUGGGGACAAUAAAAGGCCACUCUAAAAUAGCAUAUAUAGCAUCCAUAGUCCCUCAGCAUCCAUAGUAUCAAUAGUUUGUAUAGUUAUACAUGCUAUAGUCUCUAUAGACUCUAUAGUCUUGCUGCAUACAUAUAGAAUAACACCCCGUGCUAUUAAUUGACUUAAGACUAGUUGUACUAGUUGUUUCGUUUUAUUGUUCAGUUGCCGUUUCCUUCAAUUGUUUGCGGAUGAUGUGUCUCUUCCUGGGCAGCUCUCAGUAAGGGUCUGGUCUGGGCGGGUCCUCGUCAUCUUUUGGUGAGACGGGAAUUUCCCUCACGCUUCAUAAAAUGCGCCACUGGUUUUCCUCGCAUACUCUCACUGGAAAGCUCUGCAGGUAGAAUCAAUCAUUGGGAUCGUGACGACAAAUUGUCAUGGAAAUUCAACACCAGGGACACCUGAAUUAAAUAUUAAAUGAAUAAUUAUUUAUUAUCAGCAAGCUGGAGAGGUUCCAACAAACUCGAUGCACCGUAGUACACGUUGGUCGGGAGCGCCACUGUGGCAGUCCCGUUAGUUCUCUUAUAUACUGCUUACACAGACAAGUUAUAUUUGCUUAUUCAUAAUUCAUUCAUCAUUAACGUUUGGUCCAUGCAUGUGACCGACCAAUACCUCAUGAGGCUUCUUCUCUCCAAGCUGAGACCUUGAAACUAUGACACCCCUUUCGGUACUCAAAACAAUGUUCUGGGUGUACUGCUGAAUUGCUUAUACUGAUAGUGAGGAUUCCUCCCAGGCACGAUCAAUCUGUCACUUGCAUGAACCUAGUCAAAUUGGUUAUUAGAAAAGCACAAACAUAACAUUUUCCUUCACAGUCGUUUUAGAGAAUUUGGCAGUACGUCCAACAGCCUCACAACCGCAGACCACAUGUAACCACGCCAGCCCAGGACCUCCACAUCCGGAAUCUCUGCACAAACUGUCAGAAACGUCUCAGGGAAGCUCAUCUGCAUGCUCGUCGUCCUCACCAGGGUCUUGACCUGACUGCAGUUCGGCGUCAUAAACGACUUCAGUGGGCAAAUAUUCACCUUGGAUGACCACUGGCACGCUGGAGAAAUGUGCUCUUCACGGAUGAAUCCCGGUUUCAACUGUACCUGGCAGAUGGCAGUAUAGCGCCGUGUGGGCGAGCGCUUGCUGAUGUCAACGUUAUGAACAGAGUGCCCCAUGGUGGCGGUGGGGUUAUGGUAUGGGCAGACAUAAGCUACGGACAACCAACACAAUUGCAUUUUAUCAAUGGCAAUUUCAAUGCACAGAGAUACCGUGACAAGAUCCUGAGGACCAUUGUCGUGCCAUUCACCCACUGCCAUCACCUCAUGUUUCAGUAUGAUAAUGCACGGCCCUAUGUCGCAAGGAUCUGUAAACAAUUCCUGGAAGCUGAAAAAUACUCACCAGACAUGUCACCCAUUGAGCAUGUUUGGGAAGCUCAGGAUCGACGUGUACGACAGCGUGUUCCAGUUCCUGCCAAUAUCCAGCAACUUUGCACAGCCAUUGAAGAGGAGUGGGACAACAUUCCACAGGCCACAAUCAACAGCCUGAUCAACUCUAUGCAAAGGAGAUGUGUUGCGCUGCAUGAGGCAAAUGGUGGUCACACCAGAUACUGACUGGUUUUCUGAUUCACUCCCCUACAUUUUUGGGGGGUAUUUGUGACCAACAGAUGCAUAUCUGUAUUCCCAAUCAUGUGAAAUCCAUAGAUUAGGACCUAAUUAAUUUAUUUCAAUUGACUGAUUUCCUUAUACUGUAUGAACUGUAACUCAGUCCAAUCUUAGAAAUGGUUGCAUGUUGCGUUUAUGUUUUUGUGCAGUGUAUAAUUAAGCAAUAAGGCCCGAGGGGGUGUGGUAUAUGGCCAAUACGCCACGGCUAAGGGAUGUUCUCAAGCACGACACAACGCAGAGUGCCUGGAUACAGCCCUUAGCCGUGGUAUAUUGGCAAUAUACCACAAACCUCCGAGGUGCCUUAUUGCUAUUAUGAACUGGUUUCCAACGUAAUUAGAACAGUAAAAAUAAAUGCUUUGUCAUACAUGUGGUGUACGGUCUGAUAUACCAUGACUUUCAGCCAAUCAGCAGUCAGGGCUCUAACCACCCAGUUUAUAAUGAUAUAUAUUCUCCUCUCCCUCUCUCCUCUAGUUUAUAAUGAUAUAUAUUCUCCUCUCCCUCUCUCCUCUAGUUUAUAAUGAUAUAUAUUCUCCUCUCCCUCUCUCCUCUAGUUUAUAAUGAUAUAUAUUCUCCUCUCCCUCUCUCCUCUAGUUUAUAAUGAUAUAUAUUCUCCUCUCCCUCUCCCUCUAGUUUAUAAUGAUAUAUAUUCUCCUCUCCCUCUCUCCUCUAGUUUAUAAUGAUAUAUAUUCUCCUCUCCCUCUCUCCUCUAGUUUUAUAAUGAUAUAUAUUCUCCUCUCCCUCUCUCCUCUAGUUUAUAAUGAUAUAUAUCUCCUCUCCCUCUCUCCUCUAGUUUAUAAAUGAUAUAUAUUCUCCUCUCCCUCUCUCCUCUAGUUUAUAAUGAUAUAUAUUCUCCUCUCCCUCUCUCCUCUAGUUUAUAAUGAUAUAUAUUCUCCUCUCCCUCUCUCCUCUAUUUAUAAUGAUAUAUAUUCUCCUCUCCCUCUCCCUCUAGUUUAUAAUGAUAUAUAUGCUCCUCUCCCUCUCUCCUCUAGUUUAUAUAUAGAUAUAUAUUCUCCUCUCCCUCUCUCCUCUAGUUAAGUUUAUAAUGAUAUAUAUUCUCCUCUCCCUCUCUCCUCUAGUUUAUAAUGAUAUAUAUUCUCCUCUCCCUCUCUCCUCUAGUUUAUAAUGAUAUAUAUUCUCCUCUCCCUCUCCUCUAGUUUAUAAUGAUAUAUAUCUCCUCUCCCUCUCUCCUCUAGUUUAUAAUGAUAUAUAUUCUCCUCUCCCUCUCUCCUCUAGUUUAUAAUGAUAUAUAUUCUCCUCUCCCUCUCUCCUCUAGUUUAUAAUGAUAUAUAUUCUCCUCUCCCUCUCUCCUCUAGUUUAUAAUGAUAUAUAUUCUCCUCUCCCUCUCUCCUCUAGUUUAUAAUGAUAUAUAUUCUCCUCUCCCUCUCUCCUCUAGUUUAUAAUGAUAUAUAUUCUCCUCUCCCUCUCUCCUCUAGUUUAUAAUGAUAUAUAUUCUCCUCUCCCUCUCCCUCUAGUUUAUAAUGAUAUAUAUUCUCCUCUCCCUCUCUCCUCUAGUUUAUAAUGAUAUAUAUUCUCCUCUCCCGACUCCCUCUCCCUCUAGUUUUAUAAUGUAUAUUUCUCAAUCUCCCUCUCCUACUCCCUCGAGUUUGAUAAUUGAUAUAUAUUCUCCCUCUCCUCUCUCACUCUAGUUUAUAAUGAUAUAUAUAUCAUCCUCUCCCUCUCCCCCCACCUAUAAGUUUAUAAUGAUGAUAUAUUAUCCUAUCCCCUACUCUCCUCUAGUUUAUAAUGAUAUAUAUUCCUAAAGCUCUCCCUCUGCUACACUCUAGUUUUGAUAAUGAUAUAUAUUUCUCCUCUCCCUCUAUCCCUCUAGUUUAUAAUGGAUAUAUAUUCUCCUCUCCCUCUAUCCUCUAGUUUAUAAUGAUAUAUAUUUCUCCUCUCCCUCUCUCCUCUAGUUUAUAAUGAUAUAUAUUCUCCUCUCCCUCUAUCCUCUAGUUUAUAAUGAUAUAUAUUCUCCUCUCCCUCUCUCCUCUAGUUUAUAAUGAUAUAUAUUCUCCUCUCCCUCUCUCCUCUAGUUUAUAAUGAUAUAUAUUCUCCUCUCCCUCUCUCCUCUAGUUUAUAAUGAUAUAUAUUCUCCUCUCCCUCUCUCCUCUAGUUUAUAAUGAUAUAUAUUCUCCUCUCCUCUCCCCCUCUAGUUUAUAAUGAUAUAUAUCUCCUCUCCCUCUCUCCUCUAGUUUAUAAUGAUAUAUAUUCUCCUCUCCCUCUCCCUCUAGUUUAUAAUGAUAUAUAUUCUCCUCUCCCUCUCUCCUCUAGUUUAUAAUGAUAUAUAUCUCCUCUCCCUCUCUCCUCUAGUUUAUAAUGAUAUAUAUUCUCCUCUCCCGCUCUCCUCUAGUUAUAAUGAAUAUAUCUCCUCUCCCUCUCUCCUCUAGUUUAUAAUGAUAUAUAUUCUCCUCUCCUCUCUCCUCUAGUUUAUAAUGAUAUAUAUUCUCCUCUCCCUCCUCCCCCUCUAGUUUAUAAUGAUAUAUAUCUCCCUCUCCCCUCUCUCCUCUAGUUUAUAAUGAUAUAUAUUCUCCUCUCCCUCUCACCUCUAGUUUAUAAUGAUAUAUAUUAUCCUCUCCCUCUCUCCUCUAGUUUAUAAUGAUAUAUAUUCUCCAUCUCCCUCUCUCCUCUAGUUUAUAAUGAUAUAUAUUCUCCUCUCCCUCUCCCCUAUAGUUUAUAAUGAUAUAUAUUCUCCUCUCCCUCUCUCCUCUAGUUUAUAAUGAUAUAUAUUCUCCUCUCCCUCUCUCCUCUAGUUUAUAAUGAUAUAUAUUCUCCUCUCCCUCUCUCCUCUAGUUUAUAAUGAUAUAUAUUCUCCUCUCCCUCUCUCCUCUAGUUUAUAAUGAUAUAUAUUCUCCUCCUCUCCCCUCUAGUUUAUAAUGAUAUAUAUUCUCCUCUCCCUCUCACCUCUAGUUUAUAAUGAUAUAUAUUCUCCUCUCCCUCUCUCCUCUAGUUUAUAAUGAUAUAUAUUCUCCUCUCCCUCUCUCCUCUAGUUUAUAAUGAUAUAUAUUCUCCUCUCCCUCUCUCCUCUAGUUUAUAAUGACUAUAUAUUCUCCUCUCCCUCUCUCCUCUAGUUUAUAAUGAUAUAUAUUCUCCUCUCCCUCUCUCCUCUAGUUUAUAAUGAUAUAUAUUCUCCUCUCCCACUCUCCUCUAGUUUAUAAUGAUAUAUAUUCUCCUCUCCCUCUCUCCUCUAGUUUAUAAUGAUAUAUAUUCUCCUCUCCCUCUCUCCUCUAGUUUAUAAUGAUAUAUAUUCUCCUCUCCCUCUCUCCUCUAGUUUAUAAUGAUAUAUAUUCUCCUCUCCCUCUCUCCUUUAGUUUAUAAUGAUAUAUAUUCUCCUCUCCCACUCUCCUCUAGUUUAUAAUGAUAUAUAUUCUCCUCUCCCUCUCUCCUCUAGUUUAUAAUGAUAUAUAUUCUCCUCUCCCUCUCUCCUCUAGUUUAUAAUGAUAUAUAUUCUCCUCUCCCUCUCUCCUCUAGUUUAUAAUUAUAUAUAUUCUCCUCUCCCACGCUCCUCUAGUUUAUAAUGAUAUAUAUUCUCCUCUCCCUCUCUUCUCUAGUUUAUAAUGAUAUAUAUUCUCCUCUCCCUCUCUCCUCUAGAAAGCACCUAAAGAAGAGAACUACUACACGUCUGUUUUUCCUAAGAUAGCAGAGCUGGCCUCCAGACUGCCUCAGCAUAUCAAGAAGGUAACAACAUAGGAACUGAAUGAUGUACACUAUGUAGGCUACAGAAAUAGUGCACUAUAGUACAGAGGAAGUGUACUAUGUAGGGUACAGAGGUAGUGCACUAGAGUACAGAGGAAGUGCACCAUUUAUUUAUUUUAUUUAACCAUUUCACUAGUCAUUUAAGAACAAAUUCUUAUUUACAAUGAUGGCCUACCAAAAGGCAAAAGGCCUCCUGCGGGGACGGCGGCUGGGAUUCAAAAUGAAAAUAUAGGACAAAACACACAUCACGACAAGAGAGACACCACAACACUACAUAAAGAGAGACCUAAGACAACAACAUAGCAUGUCAGCAACACAUGACACAGCAUGGUAGCAACACAACAUAACAACAGCAUGGUAGCAACACAACAUGACAACAACAUGGUAGUAACACAACACGGCAGCAGCACAACAUGGUAACAGCACAAAACAUGGUACAAACAUUAUUGUUCACAGACAACAGCACAAAGGGCAAGAAGGUAGAGACAACAAUACAUCACGCGAAACAGCCACAACUGUCAGUAAGAGUGUCCAUGAUUGAGUCUUUCAAUGUAGAGAUAGAGAUAAAACUGUCCAGUUUGAGUGUUUUUUGCAGCUUGUUCCAGUCGUUGGCUGCAGCGAACUGAAAAGAGGAGCGACCCAGGGAUGUGUGUGCUUUGGGGACCUUAAACAGAAUGUGACUGGCAGAACGGGUUUUGUAUGUGGAGGAUGAGGGCAGCAGUAGGUAUCUCAGAUAGUGAGGCCUAAGAGGGUUUUAUAAAUAAGCAUCAACCAGUGGGUCUUUCGACGGGUAUACAGAGAUGACCAGUUUACAGAGGAGUAUAUAGUGCAGUGAUGUGUCCUGUAAGGAACAUUGGUAGCAAAUCUGAUGGCUGAAUGGUAAAGAACAUCUAGCCACUCGAGAGCACCCUUACCUGCCGAUCUAUAAAUUACGUCUCCGUAAUCUAGCAUGGGGUAGGAUGGUCAUCUGAAUCAGGGUUAGUGUGGCAGCUGGGGUGAAAGAGGAGCGAUUACGAUAGAGGAAACCAAGUCUAGAUUUAACCUUAGCCUGCAGCUUUGAUAUGUGCUGAGAGAAGGACAGUGUAAUGUCUAGCCAUACUCCCAAGUACUUGUAUGAGGUGACUACCUCAAGCUCUAAACCCUCAGAGGUAGUAAUCACACCGGUGGGGAGAAGUGCAUUCUUCUUACCAAACCACAUUACCUUUGUUUUGGAGGUGUUCAGAACAAGGUUAAGGGCUGAGAAAGCUUGUUGGACAUUAAGAAAGCUUUGUUGUAGAGCAUUUAACCCAAAAUCUGGGGAGGGGCCAGCUGAUUAUAAGACUGUAUCAUCUGCAUAUAAAUGGAUGAGAGAGCGUCCUACUGCCUGAGCUAUGUUGUUGAUGUGAAUUGAGAAUAGCGUGGGGCCUAGGAUUGAGCCUUGGGGUACUCCGUUGGUGACAGGCAGUGGCUGAGACAGCAGAUGUUCUGACUUUAUACACUGCACUUUUUGAGAGAGGCAGUUAGCAAUCCAGGCCAAAGACCCCUCAGAGACACCAAUACUCCUUAGCUGGCCCACAAGAAUGGAAUGGUCUACCGUAUCAAAAGCUUUGGCCAUGUCAAUAAAAAUAGCAGCACAACAUUGCUUGGAAUCAAGGGCAAUGGUGACAUCAUUUAUUACCAUUAAGGUUGCAGUGACACAUCCAUAACCUGAGUGGAAACCAGAUUGCAUACCAGAGAGAAUACUAUAGACAUCAAGAAAGCCAGUCAGUUGAUUAUUGACACGUUUUUCCAACAUUUUGAUAAACAGGGCAAAAUAGAAAUUGGCCUAUAACAGUUAGGAUCAGCUUGAUCUCCCCCUUUAAAUAAAGGACGCACAGUGGCUGCCCUCCAAGCAAUGGGAACCUCCCCAGAGAGGAGAGACAGGUUAAAAAGGUCAGAGAUAUGAUAGGGGCUGAAACCUUAAAGAAGAAAGGAUCUAAACCAUCUGAUCCAGAUGUUUUUUUGGGGUCAAGUUUAAGGAGCUCCUUUAGCACCUAAGACUCAGUGACCACCUGCAGAGAGAAACGUUGUAGCAGGGCAGGGGAAAAAGAGGGAGGAGCAUCGGAAGGAGUGGGAGAUGAGGAAAUGUUGGACCGGCAAGGAGGCAUGGCUGAGCAUAUAGGAAUCCUGACUUAAUGAAGUGGUGAUUAAAGAGCUCAGCCAUGUGCUCCUUGUCAGUAACAACCACAUCAUCAACAUUAAAGGACAUUCUUGAGGUGGAGUAACUCUGCCAGAUCACAGUCGAACCAGGGGCUGAACCUGUUUUUAAUUCUCUUUAUGGGGGCGUGUUUGUUAAAAAUACCACUGAAAAUAUCAAAAAAGAAGGUCCAAGUGUCUUCGACAGAGGGGAUCAAGCUGAUUCUAUACCAAUUUACAGAGGCCAGGUCAUGAAGGAAGGCUUGCUCAUUAACGUUUUUUAGCAAGUGUCUAUGACAAAUCAGGACAGAUCGUUUCACUGAGCAGCCAUUACGAACACAGGCUAUAAAACAGUGAUCACUAAGGUCAUUACAGAAAACACCAGACUGAUACCUAUCAGGAUUAUUUGUGAGGAUAACAUCAAGGAGAGUAGCCUUUUCUGGGUGUUUGGAGUCAUACCUUGUGGGAUUGGUAAUAAACUGAGAAAGAGAGUUAUAUUUGAGUGUUUCAGUGAAACGUGAGGGAGGCCCCGCUCUCUCGCUUUCCCAGAUGCUUAGUUAAUUUCAUUCCGAUCUCCUUUGCAUUAUUGUAGCCUUUUCUGUACUCUGUCAACUAUGUGUCUGUCUAUCCCUGUUCUCUCCUCUCCGCACAGGCCAUACAAACGCUUCACACGGCGUGGCUGCUGCCACUCUAAUCUGGUGGUCCCUGCGCGCACGACCCACGUGGAGUUCCAGGUCUCCGGCAGCCUCUGGAACUGCCGUUCUGCGGCCAACAAGGCAGAGUUAAUCUCAGCCUAUGCUACCCUCCAGUCCCUCGACUUCUUGGCGCUGACGGAAACAUUACCACAGAAAACACUGCUACUCCUACUGCUCUUUCCUCGUCUGAUCAUGUGUUCUCGCAUACCCCGAGAGCAUCUGGUCAGCGCGGCGGUGGCACAGGAAUCCUCAUCUCUCCCAAGUGGACAUUCUCUCUUUUCCCCCUGACCCAUCUGUCUAGCUCCUCAUUUGAAUUCCAUGCUGUCACAGUCACUAGCACAUUCAAGCUUAACAUCCUUGUCAUUUAUCGCCCUCCAGGUUCCCUUGGAGAGUUCAUCAAUGAGCUUGACGCCUUGAUAAGUUCCUUUCCUGAGGAUGGCUCACCCCUCACAGUUCUGGGUGACUUUAACCUCCCUACGUCUGCCUUUGACUCAUUUCUCUCUGCCUCCUUCUUUCCACUCCUUUCCUCUUUUGACCUCACCCUCACACCGUCCCCCCUACUCACAAGGCAGGCAAUACGCUUGACCUCAUCUUUACUAGAUGCUGUUCUUCUACUAAUCUCACUGCAACUCCCCUCCAAGUCUCCGACCACUACUUCGUAUCCUUUUCUCUGUCGCUCUCCUCCAACACUACUCACUCUGCCCCUACUCAGAUGGUAAUGUGCCGUCGCAACCUUCGAUCUCUCUCUCCCGCUACUCUCUCCUCUUCCAUCCUAUCAUCUCUUCCCUCUGCUAAAUCCUUCUCCCUCCAAUCUCCUGAUUCUGCCUCCUCAACCCUCCUCUCCUCCCUCUCUGAAUCUUUUGACUCUCUAUGUCCCCUAUCCUCCCAGCCGGCUCGGUCCUACCCUCCUGCUCCGUGGCUUGACGAUUCAUUGCGGAAAUGGAGGAAAACUAGACUCACCGCGGACCUGUAAUCUUUCCACUCCCUCCUCUCUACAUUCUCUUCCUCCGUUUCUGCUGCUAAAGCCACUUUCUACCACUCUAAAUUUCAAGCCUCUGCCUCUAACCCUAGGAAGCUCUUUGCCACCUUCUCCUCCCUGCUGAAUCAUCCUCCUCCUCCCCCUCCCUCUUCCCUCUCUGUGGAUUACUUUGUCAACCAUUUUGAAAAGAAGGUUGAUGACAUCCGAUCCUCAUUUAUUAAGUCAAAUGACACCGCUGGUCCUGCUCACACUGCCCUACCCUAUGCUUUGACUUCUUUCUCCCCUCUCUCUCCAGAUGAAAUCUUGUGACUUAUGACGGCCGGCCGCCCAACAACCUGCCCGCUUGACCCUAUCCCCUCCUCUCUUCUCCAGACCAUUUCCGGAGACCUUCUUCCAUCUUCAAAAAAGCGAGAGUUGCACCCCUCCUCAAAAAACCUACACUCGAUCCCUCCAAUGUCAACAACUACAGACCAGUAUCCCUUCUUUCUUUUCUCUCCAAAACUCUUGAGCAUGCCGUCUUUAGCCAACUCUCCUGCUAUCUCUCUCAGAAUGACCUUCUUGAUCCAAACCAGUCAGGUUUCAAGACUGGUCAUUCAACUGAGACUGCUCUUCUCUGUGUCACGGAGGCUCUCCUCACUGCUAAAGCUAACUCUCUCUCUCCUCUGCUCUCAUCCUUCUAGACCUAUCUGCUGCCUGUGAACCAUCAGAUCCUCCUCUCCACCCUCUCCGAGUUGGGCAUCUCCGGCGCUGCUCACUCUUCGAUUGCGUCCUACCUGACAGGUCGCUCCUACCAGGUGGCGUGGCGAGAAUCUGUCUCCGCACCACGUGCUCUCACCACUGGUGUCCCUCAGGGCUCAGUUCUAGGCCCUCUCCUAUUCUCUCUAUAAACCAAGUCACUUGGCUCUGUCAUAUCCUCACAUGGUCUCUCCUAUCAUUGCUACGCAGACGACACACAAUUCAUUUUCUCCUUUCCCCCUUCUGAUAACCAGGUGGCGAAUCGCAUCUCUGCAUGUCUGGCAGACAUAUCAGUGUGGAUGUCGGAUCACCACCUCAAGCUGAACCUCGACAAGAUGGAGCUGCUCUUCCUCCCGGGGAAGGACUGCCCGCUCCAUGAUCUUGCCAUCACGGUUGACAACUCCGUUGUGUCCUCCUCCCAGAGUGCAAAGAACAUUGGCGCGACCCUGGACAACACCCUGUCGUUCUCCGCUAACAUCAAAGUGGUGACCCGAUCCUGUAGGUUCAUGCUCUACAACAUUCGCAGAGUACGACCCUACCUUACACAGGAAGCGGCACAGGUCCUAAUCCAGGCACUUGUCAUCUCCCGUCUGAUUACUGCAACUCGCUGUUGGCUGGGUUCCCUGCCUGUGCCAUUAAACCCCUACAACUCAUCCAGAACGCUGCAGCCCGUCUGGUGUUCAACCUUCCCAAGUUCUCUCACGUCACCCCGCUCCUCCGCACACUCCACUGGCUUCCAGUUGAAGCUCGCAUCUGCUACAAGACCAUGGUGCUUGCCUACGGAGCUGUGAGGGGAACGGCACCUCCUUACCUUCAGGCUCUGAUCAGUCCCUACACCUAAACGAGGGCAUUGCGUUCUUCCACCUCUGGCCUGCUGGUCCCCUUACCUCUGCGGAAGCACAGUUCCCGCUCAGCCCAGUCAAAACUGUUCGCUGCUCUGGCACCCCAAUGGUGGAACAAGCUCCCUCACGACGCCAGGACAGCGGAGUCACUGACCACCUUCCGGAGACACUUGAAACCCUACCUCUUUAAGGAAUACCUGGGAUAGUAUAAAAGUAAUCCUUCUACCCCCCCCCGCCCCCCCACCCACCACACCCCCACAAAAAUAAAAUACAAAAAUUACAAAUAAAAAAUUUAAAUAAUAAUAUAUAUUUAUAAAACAAUUGAAAAUUAAAAAUAUACUCUAAAAAUAAAAUACAAAAUAUCUUAAAAAAUUGUAAAGUGGUUGUCCCACUGGCUAUCAUAAGGUGAAUGCACGAAUUUGUAAGUCGCUCUGGAUAAGAGUGUCUGCUAAAUGACAUAAAUGUAAUGUAAAUGUAAAGAUUUAGGGAGUCCCAUUGCUUUAGGACUUGGUCAGGUGGUUUAAGCAUGUCCCAGUUUAGGUCACCUAGCAGGACAAAUUCAGACUUAGUGUAAGGGUCCAGGAGAGAGCUUAGGACAGGUAGGGUACAGGACAUUGCUGAUGGUGUAUGAUAACACCCAGAAACAGUCAACAAAGAGUUAUUUGAAAGUUUAAUGCUUAAUUCCAGCAAAUCAAAUUGUUUGGGGACAGACUUGGUGGAGAUAACCGAGCACUGAAGGUGUUCCUUGGUAAAUAUUGCCACUCCACCGCCUUUGGAAGAAAAAGGUUAUAACCAGAAAGGUUAACAUCAGUGUUCAAAACACUCUUUCUUAACCACGUCUCAGUAAUGACCAACACAUCUGGAUUGGAGCUGUGAACCCACACUCUCAAUUGAUACAUUUUAGGUAAUAAGCUUCUAGUGUUAACGUGCAGAAAACCCAGGAUUUGACGAAAGCAUAAAUCAGUGAAGCAGAUAUCAGUCAGAAUUGGGGCUAGCAACAGUAGAUGGGCCAGGGUGUACAUGCACAUUUCCAGAUAUCAUCAGCAGUAAUACAAUCAGGGAAUGGCAGAGGACAGGGAGAGCUCUGCAGUGUUUUUUGUUGUUGUUUUUUUUACAUUUGAAUGUGCAUCAGAUGGCAACAAGAUCAUAUUGUACAGCAAUUUCAUCAGGUAACAUGAAUACAAAGCCGGCGAGAGGUGGUUAGAAUAGGAUGGGAGGCCAAGACUCUGUGUAACCAAUAGAGAGUCAGAGUCUUGAGCGUGGGAACAAACAUAGUCUGGCCCACGGUCGGGUAAACAAGCAAGUUCAUAGUCAACAAAGCACACAGGAGUCAUGAGGCAAAUAGCAUAAAGCACAAGAAAAAAAUAUAACGACUUGGGGCUAGCCAUUGUAAGUUCAAAGAGUCACUCGCCCCAGUAGGCUAUAAAAGUAUGAGAUAAAAUAAAUAAAUAAUAGGCCUAUACUAGUUAAUUAAAGCGUUUCUGAGUAAGCUCAUAUAAUAAGCUUGAAAAGUUAAUUAGCCAACCUAAAAUUCCGAUCAGUCCAAAGUCUGCGAUGUGAAGGGUUCAGAGGUAGUGUACUAUGAAGGGUACAGUUUGUAGAGGUACUGUAUGUGUGUUCUCUACUCAGUCUGUUAAAUGUUUGAAUGUGUGUGUUUGUCUGUCUGUCUGUGUGUGUGUCUAACUGUGUGUAGGCCAUUCCCCUGCUCCAGAGAGGCCAGACUCAUUCCAUCACGUUGUCCCAGAGUCAGAUAGCUUGUCUGCUGGCCAAUGCCUUCUACUGCACCUUCCCCCACCGCAACUCCCCCAACCCCAGAGCAGAGUACAACAACUACCCCACCAUCAACUUUAACAGGUCAGAAUACACACAACAAACUCCACUGAGGACCCACACACAUAGAGACAAACACUAAGUAUUCCAACUUCAACAGAUGAUAACAUGUGACCACUGUAUCUCUCUGUGUUGUCAGUCUGUUUGGAAAGUGGUCUGAGAGGAAGAGAGAGAAGCUGAGAGCCAUCCUUCAUUACUUCCACACUGUCACAGACCAAGGUAAGUUACUACCACACACUACUAUAGUCACUAUAAUGACUGGAAUACAAGUACUGUAGUGUACUUUAGGGUACUAUGUAGGUUACAGGAACCUAUUUAAGACAUAGUCUGAUGAGUGUAGAUGAGGAAUACUCUCUGAUAAUAGUUGCUGUGGGAACCAGGUUUACCUGAGCUUUGACCCUUGUUGUUGUCAUGACAGCGACCAUGCCCAGUGGACUGGUGACCUUUGAGAGGCGCUACAUCAGCGACAGAGACAUACCCAACUGGAGGAGGUACAUACACACACACACACACACACACACACACACACACACACACACACACACACACACACACACACACACACACACACACACAGAGACCAACUUAAUAUGUCCCCUCUUGUCUUUCUCUGUGUCAGUUGUAAGGAGACUGUUGCUAAACUCCACGUCACCUCAGCAGGCUGCAUAGAGGAACAGGGAACAGGGAUGCUACAGGUUGGUGACAGCUCCAGGCUUGUGUGUGUGUGUUUGUGUGUGUGAAUGUAAAUGUGUGUGUUGCAGGUGUAUUUUUUAUGGCUCUGGUGUGUGUGUGUGUGUGUAACACUGUAUGUGUGUGUGUUGCAGGUGUAAAUAUAUGGCUCUGGCGUGUGUGUGUAACGCUGUGUGUAACACUGUGCUUGUGUGUUGCAGGUGUAAAUAUAUGGCUCUGGUGUGUGUGUGUGUGUGUAACGCUCUGUGUAACAAUGUGCUUGUGUGUUGCAGGUGUAAAUAUAUGGCUCUGGUGUGUGUGUGAGUGUGUAACGCUAAAUGUGUGUGUGUUGCAGGUGGACUUUGCCUGUAACAUGAUAGGAGGUGGAGUGUUGGGCUCAGGUCUGGUUCAAGAGGAGAUUCUGUUCCUGAUGAACCCAGAACUCAUCGUAUCUCGACUCUUCACUGAGAGACUAGGAGACAACGAGUGUCUCUUCAUCACAGGUGUGUGUGUGUGUGUGUGUGUGUGUGUGUGUGGUGUGUGUGUGUGUGUGUGUGAUCACAGGUUAUACCUACCACCCUUUAUAUCUCUCUCUCUGUCACGUCUUAUCUCUCUCUCUCUCUCUCUCUCUCUCUCUCCUCUCUCUCUCUCUCUCUCUCUCUCUCUCUCUCCUCUUCUCUCUCUCUCUCUCUCUCCUCUCUCUCUCUCUCUCUCUCUCUCUCUCUCUCUCUCUGUAGGUUCUCAACAGUUCAGUCAGUACAGUGGCUACAGCGACACUUUUCAGUGGAAAGGGCCUCACAGAGACAACAUUGAGAGGUGAGCACACACACACACAGUCUUGUGCAGCUAACCUUGUGGGGACAUGCAGUUCAGUCCCAUUCAAAAUCCUAUUUUCCCUAACCCGUACCCUAACCCUAACCUUAACCCAAAAACCUAACUCAACCUAACCCUAGCUCCUAACCCUAAAACUAACCCUAGCUCCUAACCCUAAACCUAAUUCUAACCCUAACACUAAUUCUAACAUUAACCCUAAACCCCCUAGAAACAGCAUUUUACCUUGUGGGGACCAACAAAAUGUCCCCAGUUGGUCAAAUGUUUGUUUGUUUACUAUUCUUGUGGGGACUUCUGGUCCCCACAAGUAUACACACACACUCACACUCACUAAAAUCCCUGAUUGCGCUGCCUGUGUUUGCAGGGAUGAAUGGCAGAGGCUACACAGGCAGAUUGUAGCCAUGGAUGCUCUCCACUUCAGACACCAGAGAGAACAGUACAACAUGAGACAUGUCACCAGGGAACUCAACAAGGUGAGAGACAACCCUCCUCUCCUGUAGGGGACAGACUGCAGCUGAUUAGUAGAAUCAGGUGUGCUAGCUAGAGCAGGGCUGGAGAUAAAUCUGAUGUCGGUGGUCUCCUGUGAUAUCCUCCCUCAGGCGUACUGUGGCUUUAAGGCAGGUGACAACACUCACCCAGACCUCCUUCCUGACAUCGCCACUGGCAACUGGGGCUGCGGAGCCUUCAAUGGAGACCCCAAACUUAAAGGUAGCCCUAACUGUUGACCCUGGCUCCUAACCCCCCAAACACUUCUGACACUUGUUUACAAGCAUUUCGCUACACCCGCAAUAACAUCUGCUAAAUAUGUGUAUGUGACCAAUAACAUUUGAUUUAAUUUGACUAACUCAACUCUACCCACAGGAUAUUCCACAUACAGUGGCUUGAGAAAGUAUUCACCCCCAUUGGCAUUUUUCUUAUUUUGUUGCCUUACAACCUGGAAUUAAAAUGGAUUUUUGGGGGGUUUGUAUCAUUUGAUUUACACAACAUGCCUACCGCUUUGAAGAUGCAAAAUAUUUUUUUUUGUGAAACAAUCAAGAAAUAAGACAAGAAAACAGACAACUUGAGCAUGCAUAACUAUUCACCCCCCCCCAAAUCAAUACUUUGUAGAGCCACCUUUUGCAGCAAUUACAGUUGCAAGUCUCUUGGGGAAUGUCUCUAUAAGCUUGGCACAUCUAGCCACUGGGAUUUUUGCCCAUUCUUCAAGGCAAAACUGCUCCAGCUCCUUCAAGUUGGAUGGGUUCCGCUGGUGUAAAGCAAUCUUUAAGUCAUACCACAGAUUCUCAAUUGGAUUGAAGUCUGGGCUUUGACUAGGCCAUUCUAAGACAUUUAAAUGUUUCCCCUUAAACCACUCGAGUGUUGCUUUAGCAGUAUGCUGGAAGGUGAACCUCCGUCCCAGUCUCAAAUCUCUGGAAGACUGAAACAGGUUUCCCUCAAGAAUUUCCCUGUAUUUAGCGCCAUCCAUCAUUCCUUCAAUUCUGACCAGUUUCCCAGUCCCUGACGAUGAAAAACAUGCCCACAGCAUGAUGCUGCCACCACCAUGUUUCACUGAGGGGAUGGUGUUCUCGGGGUGAUGAGAGGGGUUGGGUUUGCGCCAGACAUAGCGUUUUCCUUGAUGGCCAAAAAGCUCAAUUUUAGUCUCAUCUGACUAGAGUACCUUCUUCCAUAUGUUUGGGGAGUCUCCCACAUGCCUUUUGGCGAACACCAAACCUGUUUGCUUAUUUUUUUCUGGCCACUCUUCCGUAAAGCCCAGCUCUGUGGAUUGUACGGCUUAAAGUGGUCCUAUGGACAGAUACUCCAAUCUCUGCUGUGGAGCUUUGCAGCUCCUUAAGGGUUAUCUUUGGUCUCUUUGUUGCCUCUCUGAUUAAUGUCCUCCUUGCCUGGUCCGUGAGUUUUGGUGGACGGCCCUCUCUUGGCAGGUUUGUUGUGGUGCCAUAUUCUUUCAAUUUUUUAAUACAUUUUACAUUUUAGUCAUUUAGCAGACGCUAUUAUCCAGAGCGACUUACAGUUAGUGAGUGCAUACAUUUUUCAUACUGGCCCCCCGGGGGAAUCGAACCCAUAACCCUGGCGUUGCAAGCGCCAUGCUCUAUCAACUGAGCUACAGGAGGCCCCUGUAGAUUUAAUGGUGCUCCGUGGGAUGUUCAAAGUUUCUGAUAUUUUUUUAUAGCCCAACCCUGAUCUGUACUUCUCCACAACUUUGACCCUGACCUGUUUGGAGAGCUCCUUGGUCUUCAUGGUGCCGCUUAGUGUUGUUUCAGACUCUGGGGCCUUUCAGAACAAGUGUAUAUAUACUGAGAUCAUGUGACAGAUCAUGUGACACUUAGAUUGCACACAGGUGGACUUUAUUUAACAAAUGAUGUGACUUCUGAAGGUAAUUGGUUGCACCAGAUCUUAUUUAGGGGCUUCAUAGCAAAGGGGGUGAAUACAUAUGCACGUACCACUUUUCCGUUAUUAAUUUUUUUGAAUUUUUUGAAACAAGUAAUUUUUUUCAUUUCACUUCACCAAUUUGGACUAUUUUGUGUAUGUCCAUUUAAAUGAAAUCCAAAUAAAAAUCAAUUUAAAUUACAGGUUGUAAUGCAACAAAAUAGGAAAAACGCCAAGGGGGAUGAAUACUUUUGCAAGGCACUGUAGACCCACUCUGAAAAUUCACAGAAAAUGACUCUGUGAUCUGAUUGGUUGUUUUUCCGCUCCCAGCUCUGAUCCAGCUGAUGGCUGCAGCCAGGGCUCAGAGGGGCGUGGCCGUCUUCACCUUCAAGAACUUCAGUUUGGAGAGAGAGCUGCAGAACAUGCACCACCUACUGGUCACACACAUAACUACAGUGGGUGAGUUAGUGCACACAAAAUAGUGGGUGAGUUAGUACACAAAGAACUUCAGUGGGUGAGUUAGUACACACCAAAGUAUGUGAGCUGAGUUGAGCAGUCUGAAAUCCGGGAGCGGUGCUUGCGCACUGAUUGAACGUGCCACCACCUUUCCAACUGCUCUGCUAAAAACUGCUCUGUGCGCACAGGAAAAAAAAACUGCCACUCCAAAUUCGCUCCACCCAUCUAUUCUUGUGACUACUUGGACCUACCAUUUGGUUUUGAAGUAUUGAAACCAAACCAUAUGAUUUGAAUGAAAAGUAUUUUAAUAAACGUGAAAUGGUGAAUGUAAGAAGCGCUCAUCAUUUCAAAUAGGCGUAUUAAACAGCAUAUAAACACGAAAUCGGUCAGGAGCCAGACAGGGAGCCUAAGAAGGAACGAAAAUGAAUUAUUUAGGCUAUAUUAUUAUUUCAAUUCUAUCAAGGAUAUAGCCUACAAAUAAAUACAUUGUGAAGCAUUUAUGAGUGCAACACCAGGCUGGUAGUGACAUAAAGCGCUCAGCAUUUAAACAACAUUUUGUUGUAUUAAAUCAUUAUACUCUAUAAAUUGCUCAUAUAGGCUGUGACUUACUUAGAAUUAAAAACAAAUUAAAUGAAAAAUGCCUCAUUAGACUCAGUGAUGCCUCAGUGAUGCCUUUGAAUUUAUUUUUAGAAACACGAGUUCGGCCGGUCUGUGGCUUCAGGCUCAUGCGUUGGUGUCCGGAGAACAGGCCAGGCAAAACGGAAAGUUCCUUGAAAGUGGGAAUAUGCCAGAACAAUUUAAUUUUUAAUUUUUUUAUGAGAUCAGAUUUUUUGUUUAUAAAUGCUUUCCUACAAUGACACUUAGUUAUCUACCCACCUCAUUCCUUUAUUUUAGCAUGUGCACGUAGUAAGUACACCAUCAUGCAUUUGGGAUAUGUGUCCUUUCAGAUUCCACAAUGAUUCUUUAGUUAUGGACACUACAUCACAUCACUCCCUCUCUUGCUCUUGGUCCUCCUCAUCUUUGUAAGUCCCUUUGAUUUUGCACCUGGGUGUUUUAUCAGUUUCUUUAUGAAAAUAUUUAGUGAACUCCAUGACACUAGCUAAAGCAAGGGGCUAUAGCAGCACACAAGUAGACUAGAAAUGCAUGCUGGGCCGGGCAUUCCCGGAGCUCUAAAGUGAACACUACUGGAGCGAAAUUGGAUCGGGCGAGAAGGCCGACGCUCCUGCCUUUGGGAAUCUCACUCCGCGCACCAGUCAAAUUGGGCAUGCUCCGCACCUCGCUCAAGCUCCGCUCCGCUCACAUACUCUGAUACACACAGAACUACAGUGGGUGAGUUAUUACACACAGAACUACAGUGGGUGAGUUAGUACACACAGGACUACAGUGGGUGAGUUAGUACACACAGGACUACAGUGGGUGAGUUAGUACACACAGGACUACAGUGGGUGAGUUACCAUAGAUAGUAGACACAGAACUACAGUGGGUGAGUUAGUACACACAGGACUACAGUGGGUGAGUUACCAUAGAUAGUAGACACAGAACUACAGUGGGUGAGUUACCAUAGAUAGUAGACACAGAACUACAGUGGGUGAGUUACCAUAGAUAGUAGACACAGAACUACAGUCCAUUCGGGAAAGUAUUCAGACCCCUUGACUUUUUCCACAUUUUGUUACGUUACAGCCUUAUUCUAAAAUUGAUUAAAUUGUUUUGUUUUUUCUCAUUGGUCUACACACAAUACGCCAUAAUGACAAAGCGAAAACAGGUUGUAUUUUAUUGUUGUGCACAUUGUUGUGCACUAAAUGACUAAAAUGUAAUGUAAAAUGUAAAUUUCUAAAAAUAAACAAAAAACAGAAAAACCUUAUUUACGUAAGUAUUCAGACCCUUUGCUAUGCGACUCGAAAUUGAGCUCGGGUGCAUCCUGUUUCCAUUGAUCAUCCUUGAGAUGUUUCUACAACUUGGAGUCCACCUGUGAUAAAUUAAAUUGAUUGGACCUGAUUUGGAAAGGCACACACCUGUCUAUAUAAGGUCCCACAGUUGACAGUUCAUAUCAGAGCAGAAAACAAGCCAUGAGGUCGAAGGAAUUAUCCGUAGAGCUCCGAACCAGGAUUGUGUCAAGGCACAGAUCUGGGGAAGGGUACCAACAUUUUUUUGCAGCAUUGAAGGUUCCCAAGAACACAGUGGCCUCCAUCAUUCUUAAAUGGAAGAAGUUUGGAACCACCAAGACUCUUCCUAGAGCUUGCCACUCAGCCAAACUUAGCAAUCGGGGGAGAAUGGCCUUGGUCAGGGAGGUGACCAAGAACCUGAUGGUCACUCUGACAGAGCUCCAGAGUUCCUCUGUGGAGAUGGGAGAACCUUCCAGAAGGACAACCAUCUCUGCAGCACUCCACCAAUCAGGCCUUUAUGGUAGAGUGGCCAGACGGAAGCCACUCCUUAGUAAAAGGCACAUGACAGUCUGCUUGGAGUUUGCCAAAAGGCACCUAAAUGACUCUCAUGCCAUGAGAAGCAAGAUUCUCUGGUCUGAUGAAACCAAGAUUGAACUCUUUGGCCUGAAUGCCAAGCGUCACAUCUGGAGGAAACCUGGCACCAUCCCUACGGUGAAGCAUGGUGGUGGUAGCAUCAUGCUGUGGGAAUGUUUUUCAGCGGCAGGGACUGGGAGACUAGUCAGGAUCGAGGGAAAGAUGAAUGGAGCAAAGUACAGAGAACCUGCUCCAGAGCGCUCAGGACCUCAGACUGGGUCGAAGGUUCACCUUCCAACAGGACAACGAACCUAAGCACACAGCUAAGACAACGCAGGAGUGGCUUCGGGACAAGUCUCUGAAUGUCCUUGAGUGGCCCAGCCAGAGCCCGGACUUGAACCCGAUAGAACAUCUCUGGAGAGACCUGAAAAUAGCUGUGCAGUGACCCUCCCCAUCCAACCUGACAGAGCUUGAGAGGAUCUACAGAGAAGAAUGGGAGAAACUCCCCAAAUACAGGUGUGCCAAGCUUAUAGCGUCAUACCCAAGAAGACUCAAGUCCGUAAUCGCUGCCAAAGGUGCUUCAACAAAGUACUGAGUAAAGGGUCUGAAUACUUAUGUAAAUGUGAAAAAGUCCAGUGUCUGUGUUCUUUUGCCCAUCUUAAUCUUUUCUUUUUAUUGGCCAGUCUGAGAUAUGGCUUUUUCUUUGCAACUCUGCCUAGAAGGUCAGCAUCCCGGAGUAGCCUUUUCACUGUUGACGUUGAGACUAUUUUGCGGGUACUAUGUAAUGAAGCUGCCAGUUGAGGACCUGAGGCGUCUGUUUUUCAAACUAGACACUAAUGUAUUUGUCCUCUUGCUCAGUUGUGGACCGGGGCCUCCCACUCCUCUUUCUAUUCUGGUUAGAGCCAGUUUGCGCUGUUCUGUGAGGGGAGUAGUACACAGCGUUGUACGAUAUCUUCAGUUUCUUGGCAAUUUCUCGCAUGGAAUAGCCUUAAUUUCUCAGAACAAGAAUAGACUGACGAGUUUCAGAAGAAAGUUAUUUGUUUCUGGCCAUUUUGAGCCUGUAAUCGAACCCACAAUUGAUGAUGCUCCAGAUAAUCAACUAGUCUCAAGAAGGCCAGUUUUAUUGCUUCUUUAAUCAGCGCAACAGUUUUCAGCUGUGCUAACAUAAUGGCAAAAGGGUUUUCUAAUGAUCAAUUAGCCUUUUAAAAUGAUAAACUUGGAUUAGCAAACACAACGUGCCAUUGGAACACAGGACCGAUAAUAAUGGACCUCUGUACGCCUAUGUAGAUAUUCCAUUAAAAAUCGGCCAUUUCCAGCUACAAUAGCCAUUUACAACAUUAACAAUGUCUACACUGUAUUUCUGAUCAAUUUGAUGUUAUUUUAAUGGACAAAAAAAUUGCUUUUCUUUCGAAAACAAGGACAUUUCUAAGUGACCCCAAACUUUUGAAUGGUAGUGUACAUGUGGGUAGAGUUAAAGUGACUAUGCAUAGAUAAUAAACAGAGAGGCAGGUUAUCUUAGUGUUCUUGGGCACAGGGACUAUGGUGGUCUGCUUGAAAUAUGUUGGUAUUAAAAACUCAGUCAGGGACAUGUUGAAAAUGUCAGUGAAGACACUUGCCAGUUGGUCAGCGCAGGCUCGGAGUACGCGUCCUGGUAAUCCGUCUGGCCCUGCAGCCUUGUGAAUGUUGACCUGCUUAAAAGUCUUACUCACAUCUGCUACGGAGAGUGUGAUCACAUAGUCAUCCGGAACAGCUGAUGCUCUCAUGCAUGCUUCAGUGUUGCUUGCCUCGACGCAAGCAUCAUAGAAGUGAUUUAGCUCAUCUGGUAGGCUUGUGUCACAGGGCUGCUCGUGGCUGGGCUUCCCUUUGUAGUCUGUAAUAGUUUGCAAGCCCUGCCACAUCCGACAAGCGUCAGAGCCGGUGUAGUACGAUUCAAUCUUAGUCCUGUAUUGACUCUUUGCCUGUUUGAUGGUUCAUCGGAGGGCAUAGCGGGAUUUCUUAUAAGCGUCCGGGUUAGAGUCCCGCUCCUUGAAAGCGGCUGCUCUACCCUUUUAGCUCAGUGCGGAUGUUGCCUGUAAUCCAUGGCUUCUGGUUGGGGUAUGUACGUACGGUGCCUGUGGGGACGACGUCAUCGAUGCACUUAUUGAUGAAGCCAGUGACUGAUGUGGUGUACUCAAUGCCAUCGGAAGAAUCCCGGAAACAUAUUCCAGUCUGUGCUAGCAAAACAGUCCUGUACCUUAGCAUCUGCGUCAUCUGACCACUUCCUUAUUAACCGAGUCACUGGUGCUUCCUCCUUUAGUUUUUGCUUAUAAGCAGGAAUCAGGAGUAUAGAAUUAUGGUCAGAUUUGCCAAAUGGAGGGCGAGGGUGAGCUUUGUACGUGUCUCUGUGUGUGGAGUAAAGGUGGUCUAGAGGUUUUUUUCCUCUGGUUGCACAUUUAACAUGCUGGUAGAAAUUAGGUAGAACGGAUUUAAGUUGCCCUGCAUUAAAGUCCCCGGCCACAAGGAGCGCUGCCUCUGGAUGAGCGUUUUCUUGUUUGCUUAUGGCCUUAUACAGCUCAUUGAGUGCAGUCUUAGUGCCAGCAUCGGUUUGUGGUGGUAAAUAGACAGCUACGAAAAAUAUAGAUGAAAACUCUCUUGGUAAAUAGUGUGGUCUACUGCUUAUCAUGAGAUACUCUACCUCAGGCGAGUCUGCAACACCGCUAAGCAAGGGGCACCACCAAGCAAGCGGCACCAUGAAGACCAAGGAGCUCUCCAAGCAGGUCAGGGACAAAGUUGUGGAGAAGUACAGAUCAGGGUUGGGUUAUAAGAAAAUAUCAGAAACGUUGAACUUCCCACGGAGCAUCAUUAAAUCCAUUAUAAAAAAAUGGAAAGGAUAUGGCCUGCCAAGAGAGGGCCGCCCACCAAAACUCACGGACCAGGCAAGGAGGGCAUUAAUCAGAGAGGCAACAAAGAGACCAAAGAUAACCCUGAAGGAGCUGCAAAGCUCCACAGCGGAAUUGGAGUAUCUGUCCAUAGGACCACUUUAAGCUGUACACUCCACAGAGCUGGGCUUUACGGAAGAGUGGCCAGAAAAAAGACAUUGCUUAAAGAAAAUAAUAAGCAAACACGUUUGGUGUUCACCAAAAGGCAUGUGGGAGACUCCCCAAACAUAUGGAAGAAGGUACUCUGGUCAGAUGAGACUAAAAUUGAGCUUUUUGGCCAUCAAGGAAAACACUAUGUCUGACACAAACCCAGAAGGAAGCCUCUUCUAAAGAUGAUGCACACGAAAGCCCGCAAACAGUUUGCUGAAGACAAGCAGACUAAGGACAUUGAUUACUGGAACCAUGUCCUGUGGUCUGAUGAGACCAAGAUAAACAUAUUUGGUUCAGAUGGUGUCAAGCAUGUUUGGCGGCAACCAGGUGAGGAGUACAAAGACAAGUGUGUCUUGCCUACAGUCAAGCAUGGUGGUGGGAGUGUCAUGGUCUGGGGCUGCAUGAGUGCUGCCGGCACUGGGGAGCUACAGUUCAUUGAGGGAACCAUGAAUGCCAACAUGUACUGUGACAUACUGAAGCAGAGCAUGAUCCCCUCCCUUCGGAAACUGGGCCGCAGGGCAGUAUUCCAGCAUGAUAACGGCCCUAAACACACCUCCAAGACGACCACUGCCUUGCUAAAGAAGCUGAGGGUAAAGGUGAUGGACUGGCCAAGCAUGUCUCCAGACCUAAACCCUAUUGAGCAUCUGUGGGGCAUCCUCAAACGGAAGGUGGAAGAGUGCAAGGUCUCUAACAUCCACCAGCUCCGUGAUGUCGUCAUGGAGGAGUGGAAGAGGACUCCAGUGGCAACCUGUGAAGCUCUGGUGAACUCCAUGCCCAAGAGGGUUAAGGCAGUGCUGGAAAAUGAUGGUGGCCACACAAAAUAUUGACACUUUGGGCCCAAUUUGGACAUUUUCACUUAGGGGUGUACUCACUUUUGUUGCCAGCGGUUUAGAUAUUAAUGGCUGUGUGUUGUGUUAUUUUGAGGGGACAGCAAAUGUACACUGUUAUACAAGCUGUACACUCACUACUUUACAUUGUAGCAAAGUGUCAUUUCUUCAGUGUUGUCACAUGAAAAGAUAUACUCAAAUAUUUACAAAAAUGUGAGGAGUGUACUCACUUUUGUGAGAUACUGUAGAUAGCUAUUAUUUUCUAUUGGUAUGAUUAAGAUUCUCUAAAUGCAAGACCCUACACCUGCUCCCUAUCAAAGCGGACUGAGGGUAGGAAAGAGAUCAAACGUGGAUAAAAAAAACAUGGGCUUGCCUUGGGCUCUUUCAAAAUAUCAAGUUGUGUGGGGAAAUGUUUCCUUGUGUUUUAUUCUGUUAUAUUUCAUUAUAUUCUUAGCCUACUAUAUAAUAUAUGUGUGUUCACUGUGAUCAGGGUAGCCUAAGUGUGUCUUGUCUGUUUAAUGAACAAACUAACUGUUGAUUUCAUGUGCAUGUAGUCCAUAGGCUGUACAGACCAGUAACAUAAUGAAACUCAGAAUAUGCCAUUCUAUUUAGAAAUUCAAUUUUAUUAGUCAUAUAAUGUUUGUUAGGCCCUGCCUAAAACAAAUGAAUAAUGGAUUUCUUUGUGAUGGUGUAUAUUCAAUGGAUUUAUUCAUGUAGACAUCCACUCACAACGGGCCACAUCUACUCCCACUCCUACACUUGCAGGCACGGGAGAUAUAAAAGGCUUAUCCCGGCAAGAAUGUGGUAAAAAUGGGACUGUAUGAAUUGGGUUCUGAAAAACAUUGCCUUUUUUACAGGCAACAUACCAUAAAGUCAGUCUGUAAAGUGUAUUAGGAUACAGGAGGUGAAACCUGAUCUGAAAGUCCUCCUUCCCUUCACUGUGUUUAGUCAAACCUCAUAUCCUCUUAGUGGCCAUGUAAAUAAAGUUUGAUUGAUUGAUUCCUCUCCCCUGUCUCAGGUAAACUGUAUGAAUUGCUGGAUGACUACUGUGCUGUGAUACAGUUGUCUCACACACAUGUGGACCUGUUUGACUGGAUCAGGAACACCCUGGAACACAGGAGUCAGCUGUGAGGACACAUCUCAAUACUCUAAAGGAGCUUCCAUUCCUUGUCUCCUUUCCUUUUUAGGAUUAUUGAGAUGCACCCCAGAGAUAGAGUGGCUCUAUGAAUGAUCUGUGGAUAGAAACAUAGUACAAUUCCAAGUAAUGGUUGAUUAUGAAUGUGUUUCUCUUUUCGCUACUACACUGUUCCUAAAUCAAACUUAUACAUUUGUAACUGCUGCAUACUGAACUAUUUAGAAAACAACUAAAUGUGAUGAUAAAACGAAGCUAAUGAAAUGAUGUCAGCAAAACCAGGGGUCCUGCUUUUUGAUUUUUCCCUUGAUGAUAGCCAACAACUCAACCAGCACCAGUUGAAGUCGGAAGUUUACGG